UUUUUUAUUCACUGGACCGCUCAGUCAUUACUUCUACCUCUACCUGGAGCAACUCAUUCCUUCAGAGGCCCCUUUUGCGCUCGUCAAACGUCUGCUGGUGGACCGUCUCAUCGUCUCCCCGGCCUUCCUGGCCCUCUUUUUCCUCGUCAUGAACUUUUUGGAGGUAGGGUCUUGCUUAGGGAUGAUCAUUUUAUUUUUUUUUAUACCGCUGAGUCCUGCUCUCCUCUCCCCUGUUACUGGUGCCCUUUUCUUCUCUCGCAAGUUCCAGGUGCUCUUCGGAAACCUCGUGGCCAUGUUGUGGUUCGCCUACUUGGCGUCCGUCAAGAAGAGAUGAGGGAAAAGCCGCCGGUCCGGCCCAUCAGAGGAGAUGGCCGUGGUUUCGAUCCUGAGGUGGUGGAAGGAGGGAGCAGAGAGGAAGGUGGCUGGAAAGCCUAGUGGCCACCCCUCCUUUGCAAGUUGCCCUCUGGCUUUCAUCCUCACAUCUGGGGCCUGGGCAAAGGGACUUGCCCCUAAUAGCCAUGACUAACAAGGCCAUUUUGUGCUCUUUUUUUUUCCAGAUCUUUUCCAGACUUAAUUGCUGGAAAGAUUUUUCUGCCUUUUCUCACCCAGGCGCUUACUGGUAGUGGUGGAUCUGUGGGCAGGGAUCAGAACAGGCCGUAAAUAUAUCCGUGCACAGUUUUUCUGAGCAAUAAACGUAACGAGAAGAG